CUGGUUUGAUCUCCUUGCAGUCCUAGGGACUCUCAAAAGUCUGUCACUGAAAGAGUGUGUGCUGGGUCCAUCUCCUCGCCGCUCAAAAGCCAAUAAACAGGCCAGCUUGGUAGAAAGGAACGUUUGCUUUAUAUCUGAUGCUGGCAACUGGGGUGGGGGGGGAGGAGGGUGUUGGACAUCUGUCCAAAGGCGGACUCCCGCCCCCAACAAGCAGGGAGCAAGAGCUGUUAUAGACAGAGGAGGGGGGUGGCUACAUGCAGAAAUCGCACAGGUAUCUCUAACAGUCAUCUUCAAAUUGGUCAUCAGUGGUCUGACCAACAUGAUCUUGGUUGUUUUAGGUGUAGUUAAUCUUCAAUUCUAGGGUCCAUUUAUUCCCAUUUCUUUGCAGCCAGUUCUUGGAACUGUGGCAGCUCAUGUCGUGGGUGUAGUCUGGUCAUCAUGUAGUUCUUCCACCUGGUGUUUUGGUAUCUAUAAGACAGCUCACAGGAUACGGCUCAGAAUAUUAUUUAUAGCCCUUGAGAAGGCACUAAAGGUCCUUGACUAUGCUUAAUAACUACAUUAUGAUUAUUUAGUUUCCUUUGUUUUCCUUUGUUUCGGCAUUUCUCUCUUCUCUGAUUAAACUUAUUCUUUGACUAAAGUUUUCCACAGAAAAAAAGGCAGGCAUAGGACGUCGUCAUGGUGGUGGUGGUGGCGGCGGCGGUGACAGCGGCAAGGACCAUAUAAUCCUGCUCCAUUUCAAGUUUUCUCCCACACCAGAAUUCCAAAGUAUCAAUCCUUCCGUGCUCAGUCUUCUUUAUGGUCCUAGUUUCACAUCCAUACCUGAAUACUGAAAAAACCAUAGCUUUGACCAUACGGAUCUUUGUUGAAUUUUAAACCAGCCUUUUCACUCUCCUCUUUCACUUUCAUCAAGAGGCUCUUUGGUUCCUCUUUGCUUUCUGCCAUUACAGUGGUAUCACUGGCAUAUCUGAGGUUAUUGAUACUUAUCCAGGCAAUCUUGAUUCCAGCUUGUGAUUUAUCCAGCCUGGCAUUUCACCAGUUACUAGCAUGCAUAUAAGAAUAUUACAGCUUAUUAAAAACUUCAUGAAAGAGGAAGAAAAAAAAAGAAAGUGACGGAAGGCAGACGGCAGAAAAGACAGGAGAAGGAAAUUAAUGGGCAAGAAAGCCAUCCUUGGACUGACACGGCUUUGAGCUUCCCUGCUUGGACUUAGCGUUGGGCAGGCGCCUCACUGAACUACAUUUCCCGUCAGGCCCUGGGCGACCGGGCACAGCAGCAGGCGCGUCUUGGGGGCAGGACCCACGCGGCCCCCUCCAAUCCUGGUCGUCGCCCGGCAACCUCCGUCUCCGCCGCUAAAGAUGAAGGCUGGGCUCGGUCGCCGCUCGCAAGCGGCGAAUGAGGCCGGAGAUGAGGAGGCUCUGCAGCCCCGUAGGCCCAGUUGAGUCAGCUGGCCCAUGUUGCGGCCCGGAGGCAGAGAUGGCGUGGCAGGAGAGGCCCAGGGGCCACUGUGGCACGGCGCUGGGUACCGCCGACGGGCAGAGGGACGAGAGCGUGUUGAAGUGCAUGGCUCGGGGAGGCAGCCUGAAGCCCCCCCAGACGCAGGGCUUGGGAAAGGCGCCCCUCGGGCUUGGCCUCCGCCACAGUGCUAAGCGGGACCGGAAGUCCAUCACCCUGCACGUGAAGCUGGAGGUACUUCGGCGCUUUGAGGAGGGGGAGAAACUGACGCAGAUUGCCCGCGCCCUGGGGCUGGCCACCUCCACGGUCGCCUCCAUCCGUGUCAACAAGGACAGGAUCCGGGCCAGUUCUCAGGCAGCCACGCCCGUCUGCACCACGCAGCUCACGCGGUGCCGGGGCGCACUGAUGGGCCGCAUGGAGCGCCUGCUGAGCCUGUGGAUCGAGGAGCAGAAGCGGAAGAACCUGCCAGUCAGCACGCUGCUCAUCCAGGACCAGGCGCGCCGGCUCUUCGCCCAGCUGCAGCACGAGCAGGGCGGUGGCGGCCGCGCCGAGACCUUUGGGGCCAGCAACGGCUGGUUUGCCCGGUUCAAGGUGCGCCACAGUGUGCUGCUGACGGACGAGCCCGCCGUGGCCGACGCCCAGGCUGCUGCGCGCUACCCGGCGGUGCUGCGCGCCAUCCUGGAGGAGGGCUGCUACUCACCGCGACAGGUCUUCAACGUGGAUGAGACAGGCCUGUUCUGGAAGCGACUGCCUGAGCGCAUGCUUCUGGCGCUGGAGGGGACAGCUGGGCCCGGGCCCAAGGCCUCUAAGGACCACCUGACCCUGCUACUCGGUGGCAAUGCGGCUGGUGACUUCAAGCUGAAGCCCCUGCUGGUGUACCCCUCAGAGAACCCACGUGCCCUCAGGGGCUGCUCCAAGGCCAACCUGCCUGUGGUCUGGCGCUCCAACCGCAACGACUGGUUGACGCCUGUCAUCUUCCAGGAGUGGUUUACUAGCUGCUUCUGCCCCGCUGUGGAAAGCUACUGUGCCAGCCACGGCCUCCCGCACCGUGCCCUGCUGCUGCUGGACAGCGCGCCCUGCCACCCUGUCCACUUGGGUGGCCUCUCGGCCCACGUGCGGGUCGAGUUCCUGCCCAAGAACACGUCCACCCUGAUCCAGCCCAUGAACCAGGGUGUCAUCACUGCCUUCAAGGCCCAGUAUCUGCGCCGCACACUCAGCCAGCUGGCCCUGGAGACGGGUGGUGCAGACCGACCCUCCGUGUGGGAGUUCUGGCGCAGCUACACCGUCGUGACCGCUGUGGACAACAUCGCUGAGGCCUGGGCGGAGCUGCAGCCUGCCACCAUGAACAGUGCCUGGAGGAAGCUCUGGCCCGAGUGUGUGCUGACUGGUGCUCCCGAGCCCAGCGCUGUACCCCAGCUACCCCGCAGCAUCGAGGCACUAGCCAGCCGCGCAGGCCUGGGUGAUGUGGCUGAGGCCAACGUUGUUAGCCACCUGCUGCAGGCCCCCGGGGAGCCCAUGCCCAUCCCCCCGGGUAUGGACGGUGGGCACAUCCGUGGCCCUGGGCUGCCCUGCCAGGCUAGUCAGGGCCUGGCCUCUAGAAGACCGGAGUCGGAGGCCACAGGGGGUACGGAGGCUGAGGGCGCAGGUGUGGGUGCACUGUGCCCCGAGCAUCUGGCCCGGGCCCUGUCCCACUUUGCUGCUGGCCUGCGAGUCCUCUCAGAGAACGAUCCCAACCGGGAACGCAGCCUGCGGGUGUCCCGGGCUGUCUACUGUGCCCUUGCCCGCCUCCGGGAGCUGCUCCGGGAAAGGAGGCUACAGGCUCGGGCUGCUCCUGGGCCUCCAGAGGCCCCAUGACGGUGGCAACAAAAGAGAUGUCAGGAAGUCUGCACUCAGCCCAGGUGGGGCCCACGGAGGGUGGGUGAGUGGCCACGGGUACAGACUCUGAAGGACAGACCUCUUUAAAUGACCUGUGUGAUUUGAGGCUUGGGCCUGAUUGCAAGUGC